AUGGCUUCCACAUCACCUAGCGACACUACAUCGCCCACAACCAAUUCCACUAACAAUCCGGAAUACGAAACUCUCGAACGGAAACGAGCACGAGACCGGAAGUCCCAAAAGGCGAUGCGAGAGCGAACGAAAUGGAACAUACAAUGCCUGAAUGACCAAGUCGCCCAUCUAACGCAAGCUCUUGAAGUAUCCACGCGUGAGAAAUCCGACUUAUACAACCGAUUCCUGGCGAUCAGCGAGGAAAACGACCACCUUCGUGUCCAGAAAGCUGCGCUACAGCUUCGACUCCUUGGGAAUGGUCAGAACCCUCCAGACGCGGACGCAGCAGGCGCAACUGACAAGCUUGCCCCCUACGAAGCGAUACCGCUGAAUACUAGCCCGACAUGUCUAUCAGACCAAAUAUUGCAAACGUUCGUAGAAAGCCGGUGGGAGGCGUAUGCUUGGAGUACACCUGGACGAGUGGAAAGCUACCCCGACAAACCGAACCUCAGCGCACUUUUCGACGGACGACCUAAUCGUGUGGUAGACGAGACGAGCGCGGUGGUUGGCGACAUAAUAAGGAGCUACACAGAGAUCAAUACAUUGCCAAAGCAGGUGGCUGUUCACUAUGUCAUGAGCACUUUCAUGAAGUGGCAGGUCCUUCGGACAGAACAGGCGUACGAGCAGAUGCCAGAAUGGUUGAGGCCCAUAAAACUACAGCUGGAACGACCACAUCCAUGUUGGAUAGACCGAAUCCCUUGGCCGAAAGUCAGGAGCUACUUGAUUGAACAUCCGGAGAUUAAUUUUCAUGAUUUCGCCUCCUCCUACUCCACCUCGUUUCACAUCAAAUGGGAAUAUGAUCCCGGCUCUGUUAUCAUAACCAUGAAUGAUCAAAGCGGCGGAAUUCUCAUCAAUCCCAUUUACGAAGAACACAUUCGACAGAUGAAGAAUUGGACUGUGCGUGGUUCUUUUCGCACUAAGUUUCUUGAGAUGACGGAAAUCAUCGAUAGCUAUGGGAAGUCCGAUAGGUACGCCAUAGCAUUGGGGGCUGGAAGGAAAAAUGACUGA